AUGGCAUCCCCCCAGCACCAGAAGCUGCUACCUCACAACACAGAAGUGAGCUGUGACUCCAGCGGAGAGGGGGGCGUCUCCGUGAGAAUUGGCAGCGGCGUGAAACACAAGCACGGAGCCGGCCCGUUGGGUUCAUUCGGCGGAGGUUUCAUGGGGGGCUCCAAGCACUGCAAAUACAGCAUCUCCUCCAGCUGCAGCUCCGGAGAGUCCGGGGCGGUGAGAAGGCCUGUGGUCAAGAGCUUUCGAUCCCAAAAGAAGAUGCCGCAGCUGUUCGAGAGAUCUGCCGGCCAUUUCUGGGACCCCAAGUUUGACUCGUCCAUCCUGGAGGAAGCGUGCAGGGAGAGGUGCUUCCCCCAGACCCGGCGAAGGUUUCGCUAUGUGCUUUUUUACCUGGCUGGGGCAAGCUUCCUCUGGGGAUUGUACUUUGCUGUGAAUCCUUCCCGCUGUGACAGGAAAGCGUUCCUCCUCCCCGCCGCCUCCUUCCUCCUCGUCUGCCUCCUCCUUUUCCUCUUGACCUUCACUAAGCUCUACUGCCGCUGCUACAACCAGGCUUCUUUGUUGCUCAUGCUUGUCACCUUCGCUUUGACCCUGGCCCCCCAGAUCCAGACACCAGGCUUCAGGGACUCUGAGGCGCUCCCUCCCGAGGUUGAAGUAGAAGACUCCAGCGGCAUGGGGCCCGACUACAACAUGUCUCAUGACAAGAUUAUUGCUGACAGCUCCCUGGCCCCAUGCUUAUCUCCUGUAGGGACCUUCUCUCUGUGUAUGGAGGUUCUCCUGUUGCUAUACAGUGCUCUCCAUAUUCGCCUGUAUGCCUCUUUCUUACUGGGGCUCAUCUACUCCAUCUUUUUUGAGGGUCUGGGUUGGUGGCACUUGACCCAAACCAGUACGGGCUGGAGCUUAGUCUUUCAGUCAGACUGGGACACGCUUAGUUGGCUCGGCCCAGCCAAAGCCCUGCUCCACCUGUGUGCUCAUGCCAUUGGCAUUCAUUUGUUCAUCAUGUCCGAAGCGCGCUCGCGCAGUACCUUCCUUAAGGUUGGCCAAGCUAUCAUGCACGGCAAGGACUUGGAGGUGGAAAAAGCCCUGAAGGAGCGGAUGAUCCACUCAGUCAUGCCCAGAAUAGUGGCUGAUGAACUGAUGAAGCAGGGGGAUGAGGAGAUAGGUGACAGCUCUGUUAAACGCUACUCCAGUAGCGGCGCGGCGGCUGCGAUCUCGAGCCCCAAAAAUAACAAGCGCAAAAAAAACUCCAUACCCAGAGGCCAGAUUAUCUUCAGACCUUUCAACAUGAAGCGCAUGGAGCCUGUCAGCAUCCUGUUCGCGGACAUUGUUGGCUUCACCAAAAUGUCUGCCAACAAGUCGGCCCAUGCCCUGGUGGGACUGCUCAACGACUUAUUCGGGCGGUUCGACCGGCUUUGCGAGCUAACCUGCUGUGAGAAGAUUAGCACUCUGGGAGACUGUUAUUACUGUGUUGCCGGUUGCCCAGAACCCAGACCGGACCACGCCUACUGCUGUGUGGAGAUGGGCCUUGGCAUGAUCCAGGCUAUUGAACAGUUCUGCCAGGAAAAGAGAGAAAUGGUCAACAUGCGGGUGGGUGUCCAUACAGGUACUGUCCUGUGUGGUAUCCUGGGCAUGAAGCGCUUCAAGUUCGACGUCUGGUCCAAUGAUGUCAACCUGGCCAACCUGAUGGAGCAGCUGGGUGUGGCUGGCAAAGUCCACCUAUCGGAAGCCACCUCUAGCUUCCUGGACGACCGUUACCAGUGGGAAGAUGGGCGAGUCAACGAGAGGGUGGGACAGAGCGUGGUGACCGAUCAGCUCAAAGGCCUGAAGACCUACCUGAUCUCGGGGAGGAAAGUGCAGCGGCACUCGUACUGCAGUUGCUCUCAGCAUGGGGACUCCACCUGCCCCACGCCCAAAGCGCACACGCCCGACGGGGCCCCCGCAGCCUGCCCCCUGCCCCCGGACAGAGCCAAGUCUCCCUGUCUCUCCUGCCGCGUGCUCCCGAUGCCGGGCGACGACCGGGCUCCCGAGGAAGGCGCGGCGCAGAGCGGCUGCCGUGAUGAACACAAGGCCAACGGCGGCAAGGACUCCUCAGCCAAGUAUCCUCCCGUGGCCUCCGCAGGGCGCAGCCCCAAGGCGCUUAACGGCCUGCUCAGCCCUCAGCCGGAGCCGCUGACCAACAGCCAGACGUCUCUGUGUGAGAUGCUGCAAGAGAAGGAGAAGAAGACCUGGAGCGGGGGGGCCAUGGGCAUGGACCACUCGGCCCUCAUCCCUCUGCGGUCCAAGAACUUCCGAGAGAGGAGCGACGCCCACUUUGUGGAUGUCAUCAAAGAGGACAGUCUGAUGAAGGAUUAUUUCGACAAGCCCCCCAUCAACAAGAUGAGCCACACCUUUCUGGAUAGGACCCUGGAGUCCGCCUACCGGACCAGCUACCAGGAGGAGGUGGAGACGCAGGCGCCCAUGCAGACCUUCGCCAGCCAAACGUUCAGCUCCUUCCUGGAUAUGCUGCUGUGCUUCUCAGUGUUCAUGGCCCUCGCACUGGCCUGUUUCCUCCGACCGGUACUCACCCGGCAGGACGUGUCCACCCCAGCACUCAUCUUGACCUCUGUCGCCGCCCUACUGGAGGCCCUGGCUCUGCUGCUGGCAAUUCGUAUGGCUUUCUACCUGGACAGUGUACUCGCAUGCACAAGGGCCCUGAUGAGAGCCAUCUCGGGCUGGGUACCCCGUCAUCUCAUCGGAGCUCUCCUUGUAUCGCUGCCUGCUGUGGCCAUCUUCUCCCACGUUACCUGUGACAUGCACCGCUCCAUCCAGUUCACAAUGUUCACCUGCUGCGCCGUCAUCAUAGCUAUCAUACAGUAUUGUAACUUCUGCCAGCUGAGCUACUGGAUGCGUUCGGCCCUAGCCACUUUAGUGGGACUGGCGUUGCUCGCGUUGCUCUUCAGCCCCCCCUGCAGUUUUCUCCAUCUCUUCUACAGGUCAGUUUACCAGACCAAUAGCAGCAACAGCUCCAUUGAUGUAACUGAUAGUCUAGUGGACCCAGUCCCCCAUCCUCAGGACUUGCUGGGCCCUGAGGCUUGCGUGGCCUUCUUCCUGCUCCUCAUUCUGGUUUGGUUCCUCAGCCAUGAGUUUGAGGUCAGCUAUCGGCUCCAUUACCAUGGCAACGUGGAGGCUGACCAGCACCGCAUCAAGAUCCAGAACAUGCGUGACCAGGCUGACUGGCUGCUCCGCAAUAUCAUCCCCAUCCAUGUGGCUGAGCAGCUCAAGGUCACCCAGAGCUACUCCAAGAACCAUGACAACGUGGGCGUCAUCUUUGCUAGUAUUGUUAAUUUUAGCGAGUUCUACGAGGAGAGUUAUGAGGGGGGCAAGGAGUGCUACCGCGUCCUCAACGAGCUAAUUGGAGACUUUGAUGAGCUAUUACGCAAGCCUACCUUCGCCAAUAUUGAAAAGAUCAAAACCAUCGGCGCCACCUACAUGGCAGCGUCGGGACUCAACGCGCAGCAGUGUGCCGACGCGGCGCACCCUCACGCCCACCUCAAAGCGUUGUUUGAAUUUGCUUUGGAGAUGAUGCAUGUUGUGGAUGACUUCAAUAAAAACAUGCUGGGCUUUGGCUUCAAGCUUCGCAUAGGGUUCAACCACGGACCGCUAACAGCAGGGGUAAUUGGUACCACCAAGCUUCUGUAUGACAUCUGGGGUGACACAGUAAACAUUGCGAGUCGCAUGGAUACCACAGGUGUAGAGUGCCGUGUUCAGGUCAGCGAGGAGAGCUAUUGUGUGCUCAGUGGCAUGGAAUAUGACUUUGACUACCGUGGUACCGUCAAUGUCAAGGGCAAAGGUCAGAUGAAGACCUUCCUGUACCCAAAAAGCAGUGACAGUGGCCCUGUGCCUCAGUACCAACUAUCAGUCUCACCAGAGAUCCGGGCACAAGUGGAUGGUAGCAUUGGGCGCUCGCCCACUGAUGAAAUUGCCAGCAUGGUGCCAACAACCACCGUGACAACCAGUGCUACCAACACUGUUGUGCCCAGUGGUGGUACAGGUUCCUCUACCAGCCUGGGGGGUGGCGAGAGACCAGACAGCCAUGACGCAAGACGUCUCUCUGCAGAGAAUUUCCCGACCAAGCGCUCCCGAUCUCACUCUGGCCUGACAUCUCUGCCUGUUACCAAUCUAGGAAGUGCUCCUCAAUCUACAAUCUUUGAACAGCCCAUCAUCUCUCCCACGGCCCAGCAAAAUACAGCCCAAAAUUUGACGGAGUCGCAGGGAGCGAUGGCGCAAGACAAACAUGAAGAUGAUUAUGAGAAGAACACUGGAGAGCUAACCAAACUUUAAGAGUUGUCUGCAGUGGUACUUUUAUCAUUAGCCUUCUGCCCUUUAAACCCAGCCUGUUGAUCCAGCCUGUUGGCACUUCUUGAAUUUGGUGUGCACGUGUGGCUGUUAUUGUCAGUGGAGAGUGCA